AUAUUUUUCUCACCACACUUUUAAACGUUGUUAACUCGAAUUGUUUUCAACUGCAAUAGCAACGUUAAACCAAGUCCGUGUUAUAAUGUUAAUUCCCAGUUUUUGCGUUGGGCCUGGUUCAUUUUGGAGAAAUUGGAUCAAAAUCCAAAAAAUCAGGGAUCAUUUAGCCGAAAUUCUGGUUCAUUUCAAGAGUUAAUAAAACGACGUAACUUCAUAUGGUGACGGUACUGAUUAUCCAAAUCGCAGGCGAAGUGGGUGAGCAGCCGGAAAGUACAUAUUUACCGAAUUUGCACAAUUCAAAAUCAUUAUGACAGGACGCACCACCAUUUGACCGUUGCCACAACGUUCCAAAAUUCCAAAUUUUAAAAACCUUUGCUUUCUCAUCUCAACUUACCGUUGCCAAACGUCCCACCGCUCUUCGUCCUACCAAAGCUCUCUUCUGUUUUCUUACUCUUAAUUGAGCAUUCCCUUCUCUUUUUAUGACUUGAAAAUUGAAAAAUCUUUGAUUCUUUCAUUUGGGUCCUUCUUGAGAGAAGAAGUUCCGGAAAUUAUGGCAACAUUGGCACCUGGGAUUCUGCUGAAGUUACUUGAUGGGAUGAACACUGGGGUCAAGCCAACUAGUGAACAUAGGAGCUCACUUUUGCAGGUAACUGAUAUUGUACCGGCAGAUCUUGAUGAGAAGAAUCUUUGGCCUAAACAUGGGUUUUACAUCAAGGUCUCAGAUUCUUCGCAUUCAGUUUAUGUUAGUCUUCCUUCAGACCAAGAUGAUUUUGUUCUUAGUAAUAAAAUGCAACUUGGGCAGUUCAUUUAUGUUGAUAGAUUAGAGCCUGGCUCUCCUGUUCCUGUUGUUAAAGGUGCAAAACCGCUCCCUGGAAGGCAUCCAUUAGUUGGGACACCUGAGCCGUUAAUGGGUUUAAGAGGAAAGGGGGAGAAAAGUGAGAAGAAACAAGAUUCUAAGCUACAUAGAAGAGGUUCUUGGGGAAGGGGUCCUAAUGGGACUGAUGAGAUUUCUUCUCCUUUAUUAUUAAAGCCGGUUCCAUUGGAUUUUGAUCAGUGUACUCCGGUGAAAGAGCGAUCUAUUUGUGUGAGAACUCCAAUGAUGUCUCCAAUGAUAAGAAGGAUAGGAAAGGAUGGGAAUGCUAAUGCUGGUGUAAGGUGCUCUUUUGGUGGGGGGUUGUUGGCUAAAGUGGUGGAUACUAAAGGAGAAAGUCCUGCUUUGCUUAGGAAAAGCUGUGUUGCGCCUUUUUCUGCCUCAAGGUUUCCUCGGAGCAAAAGUGUCUGCGACCGAGAUCCUAGGAUCCCAAUUAGUCCUCUCAACUCAGCUGAAAAGAAAAGUUCAACCCCACCACCAACUUUAAGGCGUGGAUGGGGGGUAGCUGCUUCCCUCAAUAUGGGUGGAGAUGUACAGAACAACUCCAACCCACCGAGUGUUACUGCACAACAACCGGAAUCUCACUUUGAUAGUGACUCAGCCCUUGAUAAUAGGACAAGUCUACCCAUGACUUUGCACGGUAAGCUUGGCAUGUUGGGCAAGGAAGCUGUGCUGCAGCGAGAAACAGCUCAGAAGAUCGCUCUUCAAGCACUAAGAGAUGCUUCAGCCACAGAGAGUUUAGUUCGCUCUCUUAAGAUGUUUUCCAAUUUGAGCAAUUCAGCAAAACCAGAUGCACCAGCUGCAUGCUUCGGUCAGUUUCUGGAAUUUCACGCCCAAAUUGUACAGAACGUGAAUGACAUAGCAUCCAUUCAAGCAGCUACUGAAAUGGCACAAAACUCAAAAGCUGAACAGAAAGAUCAACAAGGUGAAGAUAAGCCAGCAAUCUUGCAUGAAAUUGUGCACAACUCAAUGGACCAAAGCAGGAAUACAGAGCUGAGUUCAUCAAAAAGGCGAGCUGCAUUGUACAAGUCAAUUGCAGCCUUUCCCGAGAGAAGUGAACAGAAGACCAACAUUGGGAGGCUCCUAAGGUCAAAUUCUAACCCGAAGAUCUCUUCAGAUAAGAGACCACCAUCAGCUCCACUUGGCAAGCUGCACCCUGAAGGUGUGGGUGAGAAUGAUGAAAACAAGAAACCAUUAUCGAGCAGCUUAAGCAAUACAAUAAAAUUGGGUAAGCAAAUUGAAACAGAAGCAGGAAAUUGGUUUAUGGACUUCCUAGAGAAAGCUCUGGAGAAUGGUAUGAAGAAAUCCAAAGGCACAGCUGAUGGAGAUACUAGGAAAGUUCCUCAGUCUCUCAUACUCAAGGUUAUUAAUUGGGUAGAGGUAGAACAGUGUUAUGGUAACAGGCGGCCAGUUCAUCCAAAAGCAACACAAAUAGCGAGAAAGCUAAGGAUUAAGAUGAAGAACCCUUGAAUUGUUGGUCCACGUAGUUUUAUAAGCAGACUUUUCAUGACGUUUUUUAUUGUUUGGUUUCCAGUCACUUUUUGAGAUUGUAUCUCUUACAUUAUGUACAAGUUUUUAUGUUACCUGUUUUGAUGAUUGUUUGUUGCACCUGCCUAACUUUUGAUGAUUGACAAAAAUGUUUGGAAAUGUCAAGUGAACAGGAUUCACAUCCCAGGAUUGAAUUUGAAAACAUUUUCUUCCGACUGAUCAUUGACAUCUGAACAAGUCUCUCAUGUAUUCCUCUAAAUCCCCCUUACUUUUCCGAAAUGAGUAAUUGAUUUCAAUUUUCAAUCUUACAAAGAAAAGUUGAAGAAAAAGAAAGGGUAAAACAAAAGCAACAUUUUUUGCUUGUU